AGAGGACGUCCCCCCUUCACCCUGUUCCCUCAGAGGACGAUGGACGCAGUCGGUCUCUUCAGGAACUAACGGGAAUCGACAGGAGUCACAUUCCAGCACCGGUUGUUUCUCUUCUGUGUGGAAGGAGGAAGAGUGUCCCUACUUUGCACAAGCUGCGUGUAAUCUCUGGUGAGGAAGCGGGUCGUAUUCUGAUGAGGACGAUAAAAGAUCUCCCGUUUUCAGGGUCCGCAUGGUUUCUGCAUCAUCUCUCCGCCGCCUCAGGCUGCAAUUUCCAGGCUUCCUUAUUACAGAAAUCCAAGAACUGGAGCCCCGCCAUUGUUGUUUGGCUGAAGAAAGUGCUGACAGAGAGAUACGGCGCUGCUGAAACAGAGCUAAUUUCCUGCUGUUUUAAAGAGAGUGAAGUAAAACAAGCGCCGUCCAUCAGAGAAACGUCCAAGAAAAAACAUAAACUGAAAGGACAAAUAAGACAAAAAGAGAGCGUGAUGGGCUCAAAAGUACUCAUGGAGCGUGAUUCAGCGCCGCCUUCAAAAGCUUUUGUCAAUCAAUACGAGGCUUUCAAAGCGGCUUCUCUGCACCCUUCAGAUAAAUCUCAGUUACAGAGGCAGAGAAAAGCAGCGAGAGUUAUAAAGAAAAAUGACUAUUUGAACUUCUUGUUUCAAAACACUGUUCAGAGGGAGCAAUCUUUAAAAGCAUCGGGUGUGUAUGAUGAUGAUGAUGAUGAUGAUGGAUUUUAUGUUAAGAGAAAAGUCUUGUUGGUUCCCAGAGAGGAGCCAGAAUCCAUAAAUAAACUGCGGUAUAAAACAAGGGCCACUCUUGAUGAUAAUAAAGAGGAUUUCAGUGGGAGGAUAAUCACAAAACAAGCCGAGCCGCGGCGCCCGGAGGGAGAGAGUGCAACAGAGCGAUCACACACACAUAUUGAAAAAGCAAAGCGGGAAAGAUUAGCAUGCACGCUACAAGUAGGAUUUACAGAUAAAACUGAUAAUAAUGAUGACAAACAAAUGCUUAGCGAGGUGGGAGAUGAUAUUUUAAUCAUGUUUUUCCUCGCAGAUGCAGAGAGGGAGGAGCAAACGGAAGGAAAAGUUAUUCUAGAUGCAGACAUUAAAUGGAAAACAGUAAAUAUACCCAUAAAAGAGCCGGACGACCCCCCACCCUUAGAUGAAGUUACAGAGGAAAACUUUAUCAUCCAAACACAUAACUCCAAAUGUAAACACCUGAAAGAAAUCUCUUUUUUAUUAGGAAUUUAUGCAGCGAGCGGGGAUGUAAAAGCAGAAAAAGUUACUACAAAGUCUGCAGAAACUGAGAAGCGGGUCAAAGCGACGACAGAGAGAAUAGAGCAGAGUGAGACAAACAACACGACUCGUUGGAAUACGAGCAUAAAUCAUAGAAAACAAGACGCACCAUCAGAGGAAUCAGUCAUCCCCUCACCUCCCUCAAUCAAAAUGACGGAGCUGGAAGCUGCAAAAACAGAGACAACCGCGGUAAACAUGGAGAUAAAACAGACGACGCCGAGCGGAGACGCUUUCAAUCAAUGCAGCACGACCACGACGAGUCCGGACUCUGAGACUGACACUGAGACGAGAUUUAUGAGAUUCAGAACGACUCGGGAUGCACGAGAGACGACGACGGGAGGAAAGGCGUUCUCGGCCUCAGGAUGAGAGAGGACUUCUCGGUCAAACUUCAUAAGAGCAAAGAGAGAGGAGGAGGAGGAGCUAAGACGAAGAGGCCGCAAAGUCACAGGAAAGACUCAGAGGAGAAUGUGUUCACCUCUGCAGAGCCUCCGAAGACGUCCCGCAAACAAAGUGUGGAAAAGCCUCUGAAAACACACGACGGUGACACGGCGCCCUGCAGAGGAUUGAUCCAUCGCACUGAGGCCGGAUGGAGACACUGCGUGGAGAGACAUUCAGGCGCUGGAUCAAAGACGUCCUCCUCCGGGGAACCCUCGGGUGCAUUUAAAGAAACAAGAGAGCGGCUGAAAAAAGAACCUCCAUCCAUCAGAGACGCCAAAGACAGCGAGGAUGAUGAAUACGAUCACUUCUAUUAUUUUGACGGGGUGCUGAAAAGAGUCCGGAAUAAUUUUUACCCCUUUAAUACGAGACAAAGACUGAGAAGAAGAAGAAGGAGCGGCGGUAACACAAAGACUGAGAGAGAGAGAGAGCGAGAGAGAGAGAGAGAGAGAGAGAGAGAGACAAAGAAGAGAAAUCUCCUCGGUUAUAUGAGACGUCUCAGCUCAAGGAAAGGCGGUCAUUCCACAUGAUCACACACUGACGGUAUUAUGCAAAGACGGGCUUUUUGGCAAGGACAUUACGAUUGCAAAAUUAAUUAAAUAUGCAAAAAUAGAUAAAUCGCAAUGACUGCUGUGUGUUUCAAGAGUCUGAAUCCAAAGAAAUGAAGGAAAUAUGAAAGUUGUUUGCUAUUUGUUGUAAGAGUGCCGACUGUGCAGAAAGUCUCGGCCUCGGUCUUGACUCUCGGAGCACUCUGGUCUUGGGUUUGUCUUUGUCUCGGUUUGUGGUCUUGAUGAGGACACUAGUAUUUACAGCGUCCCCCCCAAAGUGAUCCCUCUCAAUGACUAGUCCCCUGGUGGCUGCUGCACCAGGAUCGCAGCCAUCCGCUUACGGGGCGUGCAACACAACCGCCAGGCUGUCCGGCGCUCCCCGUAAAAAUGUUUCUUCACCCACCCAGAAACCUUUUGUGUUCAUAAAGACUCCGACCACAACGAUCUGUACAAAACAUUUAUUGUAAAUGUACAUAAAAACAGCUUUGACAUAUUUUGCAUAAUUUAUAUCUUAAAUCCAUGACAAGCAAACAAUAACUAAGGGGGGGGGGGGGCUUUAAGGCAGCGCUGAA